CAGCUGUUCAGAAAGCUAGAACUGCGAUUUCCCUCCUACAAUGCUGCAGCCAGGGGGAUGGUGUAGGAACAGACACAUCCAUCUCUAGCGAUGGUGCCUCAGCCUUUGGCUGCUGGCGGAAGCAGAGAGAUGCAGAAGCGCAGGAGGGCACCCAUAAGAUGUACUACAGGUUUUUGAGCAAGUAAGAUGGAGUUCACUGUAGAGGAAGCUGCAUUUCCACUGAAUACCUCCAGCAAUCAAUCUUUAUUUGGCACAGGCCACAGCUCGGAGGCGCUACCUAGAAGCCUCUCGCAGACAAGCGCGAGUCAUGAUGACCUUGAGCAAGACAGGACAGUACUAAAGACUUUUUCAGGCAAUUCAUCAUCUCUGUAUGGUGAUUUAGCACCUCGCCGUGAGUACAGAGCUACACAAAGGUCUUUGCAUCCCAGAUUUUGCACAAGCCAAGCAACGGAACUGGCUUUGAAGAAGCAAAGCUUUCAGGAGCAGUACUGGACAUGUGCAAUUCCGGACUCCCCUCCUCCAUGCCCGGAUCGUACUUCUCCUCAAUGGGACCCAAAUAAAGAGUAUCAGGACCUUCUGGACUAUACAUACCCAUUAAACCCAAAGUACUUUAUUUAUAAAGAUAGCGAGGAGAGUGACACAGAUCCAUUUUUCCAUGAUUCUGGAAUAGAUCUGGAUAGUUACAACAUUUCCUAUUACACUAAGGUGCAUUCUCCCCGCUCACAGUAUCAAAAGCAACCUGAAGUAAAAAGUAACACAUACUCAAGGUUCAAUCACUUGAGUUCACCCUGUGCUUACUCCACCCCUUUGUUUAAGAAAGCCAGGUACCGAAAUUUGCGGAAGGACUCUGAAUCCUCCAACGAAGCAUCUUUUGAAGAGCUGUCUCCCUGUACUAGCAAAGGGGACCUUCACAAGGAACCAUCAGAUGCUGAAGAUAUUUUAAAAGAGAAACGACGCAGUUCGAGCCAGUUUAUACCGACAACGCAAAUCCUUCAGCUUAACCCGGAAUUGGAAAGUGACGAGGAAUUUCUUUCCUUACCCCCACACCUCAAAGAAAUAGAAAAUCUUGCCACUCAUUUGAAAGACUUGUCUUUAAAUAUAAAACAGACAGGUGCACAAGGAAAAGCUGAAAGGCAACCGUGGUUUUCAUAUGGACCAGAGGUAGAAGUAAAGGGAAUCAAGGAAAGAAUAGGAAGUGAAGAUGUAACACUCAGCCAGCCAUCAUACUUACAGUCAGACCUGGAAGGUAGUAAAUUAAAUAACCUUAAACAUGGCGACUCAGGGACAUCGUUCAAUAAGUUCUUCUCACUGAGAGAUAUGCUAGAUGGGGGCGAGUCUUCAUCUUCCUUGGAAUUCGGUGGAUCUUCAUUUGUGCCAAAAGUCCAUGGAACCCGAUCACUAGUUCAUAUUAUUCAGGGAUUUUGCCAACACCUUGACCAACUCAUUCAGUGGCUGUACAGCUUUGCAGAACUAUCAGACAACUGGGUCGAGCCUAAGCCUAACGUGGAAAGCAUCCAGCUGUCUCUGAGCCUUUACCUGAAACUGAAGAAGACCAUAUCAGAGCACCAGUUGCUGGCAGACACAGUCAUGAAGGAUGGAGAACUCCUGCUUAAACACCUGUCUCUUAAUUCCUCCGUGCUGAAGGACACCCUGGCGUUAAUUUCUAAACAACGGGGAGAGCUGGAUAGACAAGUGGAACGCCUGUAUGCCUCGGUGCUGGAAGCUAUGGAGACCAUCUCUGAUGACAGCCUGGGGAGGACUAGUAACCUAAAACAGUGCGUUUCCUUGGAGAUGGAAUCAAAUUAGGAUAGCCUGGAGAGAGUACUUGCACCGACACUACCACGGCUCCCUUAUUUAUCCUGUAGGAAUCACUCCAGCAGUUGCCUUAUGCCAGAUCGACAUGUACAGAUCACAAAACACAAGCUGUUGACUUCCCAAAAAAAACAAGCAGUAUUUCCCUCAAAAUACAAAAGCAAUUUAAGUGUUAUUUUACUCUCUAUGUUGUAUUGUAUUGUAUUAUACAGAUUCCUGGCUGUUACACAGGUCAAGCCCAGUGUUUUUAGCACUCAUUCAAUCAUAUGUGUUAUUGCUGUAUAAUUUGAUACUUUCAGGGGUUGUUUUUUUAUGUUUAUUUGUAUUCACAUUUGUGUAUGGAUUGUAUAUGGGAUUUUUAAAUGGAAUUCAUACCAAACUAGUUUAUUGUGUUUCAUAUACACCCUUGGUUAUCAAAAGAACAGCUAUGGGCAUUUGCAAAGGAACCUGGGUUUCUAAAGCUGGUCACACAUACCGAUAUACCUCAUAUAUCUAUUCAGUUUCAAUCAUAACAUAUGGGUAGGUUUAAUCAGCUGAUGGACUAAGCCUGUGUAUAUGAUUGGGGGGUGGGUGCUUUUGAGUAAAAAUUUUUGGGCAGAUUAAAGAAAGUAUGAGGUAAAUUACAGACAUAAUUAGGCCUAAAUGAGGUCCUUUCACUGACCAUAAGGCUAAGAUUGAGAAUAUUAAAUACUGAAUGGACAUCUGUA